AUGUUCUCUGUUCCUGCAUCAACAUCCACUCUGCAGCGGCCUUCACCCAAACUGGAACCAGUGGAGCCACCCAGUGGCCACCAGGGUGCGACUGACAGAGCAGCUGUGGUGUGUUCAUGUCUGAACUGUGACCACAAAAGAGCAAACAGCCGAACUGGUGGGGAAUUCGUCUCAGAUCACCAGCAGCCAUCUUCCAUCCAGUCCAUCAGCUGCGAGUGCAGUCAACUACAGACAACGACCAGGUCCAGGCUGUUACGAAGGAGUACGGACAGAAAUAACUUUGGAAACAGGGAAGGAGUUUCAUGCAAUUUUAAUCACAUAGAGAGAUGCAAGGACUCCCUGUACAUGGGCACGCCGCCGCGGGGGAUCAUCGAGACCGGCCUGAAGAAGAUCUGCCAACGCUACGCUGACAAACCUCGUUUUGUGACCCUGUACGACUCGCGCAAGAGGAUUCCGGUUUACUCAGCUUAUACCUUCAAGAAAACAGAGGGAGACAGACGUGUGGACUACCCCUGGAUGUACGAGCCACAGUUGGCAGAGGUCGAUGGAAAUGGCAACAUGCUGCCCUUCCCCACAGGCUACCUGCACAUGAAGUUUGAGGACAGCCAAGCGGUCCUGGAUGACUACUCUGAUGUGGUCCUGUAUGAGCGAGGUCACCUGAACCCAGACCAGCACCAGUCCACCCCACACGACCGCGCCGCCACCUACACUCUGACCAAUGUGGUCCCGCAGAUCCGGGAGUUCAACAUCGGGCCCUGGCGGGAGUACGAGGAGCGGAUCCGGGUCCGCCUCAACAACUUCUGCCGCGGCGUGGCCUUCAUCGUCACCGGGGUCACCACCAGAGGUAACAUGAUCCGCAGGAACAACCAGGACCGCGUGGCCAUCCCCGAGGACCUGUGGUCCGCCUACUGCUGCACCGACUACGACCGCAACGCCCCGCACGAUGUCCGCAUCCGCUUCCCGUCGCACGCGGCCAUGGCCAAGAACGCCAAAGAGGGCAACAGCGUGCACGAGAUGCCAGUGCAGGAGCUGGAGAUCCUCCUGAAGAACAGCAUGGAUGUGGACCAGAACCUCCAGAUCUUCUACGACAACUGCAUCUCUCCCUCACCUCUCCCCAUGUAUCUCCAGCACACUAUCUGAGAGCUCUCUCUCUCUCUGGGUUUCUACUUUCAGGUUCACUUGGAUAAUGUCAGGGGUGAAGAAUAAGAUAAUGUCAUAAUCCUCUAAACUGUGAAAGUUAAAUUCCUGUCAAAUCUCUUAAAACGUCAUUGUUCAAUAAGAUCUUUCCUGUUGUCUCCUGACAAACAAUGCACACAUUUCACAGGAGAGCUACUCUGUUGGGAGGUCAUGAAACUCGAUUAAUAAAAAUAAUUAAUUUACUGC